CGCAAUUAGGCAAUUUUAUUUGCUGUCAAAACUAUAGUAUGUCACUGUCACAUUUUUAGCUAUGCAGCAUUUAUAAUAUGGAAGUUUGUUAUAUAAAAUUAUCCUGACAAAAUCUACAAUAAUUUAAAAGCGAUAUUUUUGAGCAAUGUUUUUAUGCAUGUACUUUUUAACUCUUCACCUGAUUGUUCUGAGUAUCUGCGACUGGAAAUUUAAAAUGGAAGAUUCUACUAAUUUUAUGUUAAAAUAUUCCAUAGUCUCGACAAGAAUUACAGAAGAUAACGAUCCAGUUGAAUUAGCAAAAAAAUUGAAAGACGGAGUAUAUUUUGAUAUCGAAUUAAAACCUAACUUCUGUUACACAAUAUACAUCAAGUACAAGUCUCCCGUAGUGAUAAAUCCAAAGACUGAAUUAGUAAUUUUUGAAAAUGACGUCCCAAACCGUAAUAGCUUUGAAUAUGAACUUGUGGAAGGAUUUGUCAUGGAAGAAAAAUAUUCGAGUUAUGUCCUUGGUUAUGUAGAGAACGUAUAUUUUUAUGGAAAAAUCGAAUUUAAUGAUACGGUACAUUACAUUGAAGAACUAUCAAACUAUCCAGAAAUUAUUGCCAAAUAUAAUUCCACCAAAAACGGAAUAUCUUUUAGAAGAACUUUUUCCACUGAAACAGAAAUGUAUUCUCAUGGAAUUAAUUAUAUACCAGACCUUAAUUUAAAUAACUCUAAAUUAUCCAAAAGAAUGGUUUCGGUAAGAGGGAAUAUAUGUACUUUGCUAGUACUGCUUGAUAACUCUUUUUUAAUGCGUAUCCAUAGUGGAAAUAUUAAAGCAGCUAUUAAACAAGUACUUCUUUCCAUCGAUGAAGCUAAUUCUUUGUUUCGAUCUACUGAUUUUGAUGAAGAUGGCUAUUCUGACAACAUUGGAUUCAUUAUUAAAUAUUUCAUUUUAUUGAAAUCAGCAAAGAAGAGUCGCUGGGUUCCAAAAUACACCAAUAAACCAAUUGAUGGCCGUUACUACAUGAAUAGAUUUUCACGAUUUUAUUUACUAGAAGAUGUAUGUUUAGGAGUUGCUUUUACUGGACAAUCAUUCAACAACGACAUAGUUGGAAUUAGUUAUUCUGCUGUACCGUCCGAUGAAUCAUUCAAACAUCCAUUUGGUGGUAUUUGCGAUCGACCAAUGUUAAAUCCAUAUGGGUUGCCUUUAAAUACUUUAGCCGUAUCUGCCAAAGGCACAGAUGGUAGAAUAGUGCCAGAAUACAUAUUUGAAUUAAGUUUGUGCCAUGAACUGGGUCAUAGUUUUGGCUCUAAUCACGAUACGGGAAUGUGUGACGGCCAUCUAAUGACAGCUCAUGCUCCUAAGGAUCAACAAAGAAAGCACUUUAUAUUUUCUAAAUGCAGCACAUCAAUGAUGUUGGAAACUAUUAUAAAUCAAGGCCAGUGCUUUGAGAAUGAUGAGAAUCCCUAUUGCGGAAAUGGUAUAAUAGAAACCAAUGAGGAUUGUGACUGUGGCACAAUCAGAGAUUGCCUUGCAAUUGAUAAAUGUUGUGUGCCACGUGGAAGACAAAAUGCAUGUAAAGUUAAAAGGGAUUUUAGCCAUCAAUGUCAUCCUGCACAAGGAUUUUGUUGUACACGUAACUGUACCUAUAAUAAUUUGGAAAAAUUCAACUUGGACUGCACAAACUUUACUAAUAGUUGUCCAUGCACUUCUAGUUCUAAACCAUGCAAAUGUGGAGUUCACGGCUACUGCACAAAUGAUAUUUGCAGUAGUGAAGAAUGCACAAGGAUAAAUGCCGAAGAAUGUUUGUGUCCGAAAUUAUCAAUAUCUGGAUGCGUAACUUGUUGUCGGGGGACAACACAUAGUAUCGUCACUUGUAUUCCAGCAAAUGAAUUAACAAAAAGAUUAAUAGAUAUAAAUGAGUUAAGCAUUAGUACGCUAAAGUUAAUCAAGGAAACUAAAAAAACUACUUUUGCUACUUCUAAUGGUCAUUAUGAAAAUUUUUGUAAAUACGAUGAGUGUGUGAGCCUUUAUUUCAGGAAAGUUAACAAAACGGACUACUGCCUAUCGUUUGGACAGGUUGGAAUAUGUUCUAAAGAUAAUGAAUGUUUAUCGCCUAAACCAAAAUCUUUUAAAUUAAGACGGUCUGAAAUAUUUGAAAGUGGUACACAUAAUUAUAGCAUUCAUAAAAUGAAAGAUAUAGUGGAAAGUAGUGGCGGUUUGUGCCUUAACACCCAGGUUGUGCCAGGCCAGUGUAUCAUGCUCAUCACAGGUGCCCCGCAGGAGGCAAAGAAAUUUUGGGUGCCACGCAGGCACCACAGGCAAAACAAAUAA